AUGACGCACCUCCUCCUGGCUGCCACUGUCCUUCUUUCAGAGCAGAGCUUCUCUAGAGAAGCUGGAAGGGAAACAGCAAUGGCCAAGGACGUCCUCAGUGAAGCAGGGCUGCACUUCGAUGAGCUGAACAAGCUGCGGGUGUUGGACCCAGAGGUUACCCAGCAGACCAUAGAACUCAAGGAAGAGUGCAAGGACUUUGUGGACAAAGUUGGCCAAUUUCAGAAAAUAGUUGGUGGUUUAAUUGAGCUUGUUGAUCAACUCGCAAAAGAAGCAGAAAAUGAGAAGAUGGAGGCCACUGGUGCUCGGAACUUGCUCAAAUCUAUAGCAAAGCAGAGAGAAGCCCAACAGCAGCAACUCCAAGCACUAACAGCAGAAAAGAAAAUGCAGCUCGAAAGGUAUCGGGUUGAAUAUGAAGCUUUGUGUAAAGUAGAAGCAGAACAAAAUGAGUUUAUUGACCAAUUUAUUUUUCAGAAGUGAACUGAAAAUUUCAUUUUAUAGCAGGAGGGCAAAAAACCAAAAACCUCUGUACCA